AUGAUACAGCUGAUCAUCGCCUGUGUGGCCGCCGUGGCCGUCGCCGCCCCUCAGUACAGCUACGAUGGGCCAAGAGCAGCCUCGAGCGAGGAGGUGGCCAUCCUGAGGGACGAUCGCGUCCACGAAGACGACGGAAGGUACAACUUCGACGUGGAAACUGCCAACGGCAUUGUCCUUUCUCAGUCUGGCUCUCCCGACGGUGAUGAGGGCGCCGUCGUCAAGGCUGGAGAAUACUCAUACACUGCCCCAGAUGGUACUGACGUCCACGUCAGAUUCAUCGCUGACGAGAACGGCUUCCAGCCCCAGUCCGACCUCCUGCCCGUGGCCCCCGAGUUCCCCCACCCGAUCCCUCAGUUCGUCCUGGACCAGAUCGCCUUCGCCGCCGAGGAGGACGCCCGCAGAGCUCGCGAAGGUCCACGUGAAGCUCCUCGCUCCCUGUAUUCUGCGCCAAACUAGUGAACUUUUUUCUUCAUAUAGGUUUCUAACAGUGAGACUACGUUAACACUAUCGACGUAAGACCCCAGGUGAUCGAUGGUGAGGAUCUUCUCCUAUAUUUAUUUUGUAUAGAUGUACAAUUAAACAUAAAGGAAAUA